GGAUUGAGGAAGUGCGUCUGGCCCCCGGCGGCCAGAGCGUUGCAGGGUACGGUGGAACCGGCAGGCCUCGGCUCUCUGAUGUCGCUGACCUGCGGUUCCGGGACCCCGCCGCCACAGGAUGAGCAUGAGUCUGUGGCACCAUGACUAGGUGUCCGUGCUUUAGCUCACCUGCACAGUGGCAGUUGCGGUGACAACGGUGAGACUUUCCUUUGGAGAUCUGCUGCCUGGAGGGUUGAUGGCUGGCAUGUCACAGCGACCACCCAGUAUGUACUGGUGUGUGGGGACAGAGGGAUCAGCUGUGUGUCCAGGAUCUGCCAUGGAGACCCAUAAUGGUGCCGAAGACAUGGGCAGCAAACUGUCUUUACCAGGUGGCAACUCCACAGUGCAGUGCCCCAGCAUGGAAGAAAUCCACACUGCAUACAAGCAGAGAAACCUCUCCCGAGCCCGUGACCUGCUCAGAGAAGUUUGUGAAGAGAGCGAAUCUCCACAGGAAAAGGGUCAGCUGCUAAGCAUCUCAGCAGCCCACGGGGAUCUGGAGACCGUUCGCUUCCUGCUCACUGAGAAGCACGUGGAGCUGCCGCUGGAGCCCACUGACGACAACCCAGCUGUGGUGGCAGCGCAUUUUGGACACACUGAAGUAGUCCGUGAACUGCUAGAGUCCUUACCAGGUCCCUGUACCCCCCAGCGGCUGCUGAACUGGAUGCUGGCCCUGGCUUGCCAGCAAGGGCAUCUGGAGGUUGUGAAGCUGCUGGUCCUGACCCAUGGGGCUGACCCAGAGAACUACGCAGUCAGGAAGAAUGAGUUCCCAGUCAUUGUGCGAUUGCCUCUGUAUGCAGCCAUCAAGGCAGGGAAUGAAGACAUUGCCAUAUUCCUACUUCGGCACGGAGCCUAUUUCUGCUCCUACAUCCUACUGGAUAGUCCUGACCCAAGCAAACAUCUACUCAGGAAGUAUUUUAUCGAAGCCAGUGCCCUGCCCAGCAGCUAUCCUGGGAAAAUCGCACUUCGUGUGAAAUGGUCCCAUCUCAGGUUGCCCUGGGUGGACCUGGACUGGCUCUUAGAUAUCUCCUGCCAGAUCACAGAGCUUGACCUCUCUGCCAACUGCCUGCCUUCACUCCCCUCAAUCAUCCCAUGGGGACUCAUCAAUCUGAAGAAGCUGAACCUCUCAAACAACCACCUGGGGGAGCUGCCCUGCGUGCAGUCAUCCGACGAAAUCAUCUGCUCCAGGUUACUUGAAAUUGACAUCUCCAGCAACAAACUGUCCCACCUCCCUCCCGGAUUCUUGCACCUCUCAAAACUUCAAAAGCUGACUGCUUCCAAAAACUAUCUGGAGCGGUUGUUUGAAGAAGAAAAUGCCACUAACUGGAUCGGCCUGCGGAAGCUACAGGAACUCGAUCUAGCUGACAAUAGGCUGACGGAGCUCCCUGUCCAAUUUAUGCACUCCUUCAAGUCUCUGACCUAUCUGAAUGUCUCCAGGAACAACCUCAAGACCUUUCCGGAUCCCUGGUCUUGCCCUUUGAAAUGUUGUAAAGCCUCCAGAAAUGCCCUGGAAUUGCUGCCAGACAAAAUGGCUGUCUUUUGGAAGAACCACCUUCGGGAUGCGGAUUUCUCCGAGAACUCUCUGAAAGAGGUGCCCCUGGGAUUGUUCCAGCUUGAUGCCCUCAUGUUCUUGAGGUUACAGGGAAACCAGCUGUUGUCGCUGCCACCUCAAGAGAAGUGGACCUGCAGACAACUCAAGACCCUGGACCUCUCCAGAAACCAACUUGGCAAAAAUGAAGAUGGGCUUAAAACAAAGCGGAUUUCCCUUUUCACCACCAGAGGGCGCCAGCGUUCUGGAACUGAGACAGCCUCCCUUCUGGAAUUCCCAGCUUUUCUAAGUGAGUCUUUGGAGGUCCUUUGUCUGAAUGACAACCAUCUUGACGCAGUUCCUCCAUCAGUCUGCCUGCUGAAGAACCUCUCGGAGCUCUACUUGGGCAAUAACCCUGGCCUCCGAGAGCUCCCUCUGGAGCUAGGCCAGCUGGCAAACCUGUGGCAACUGGACAUUGAAGAUCUGAACAGUAGCAACGUGCCUGCAGAGGUCAGGAAAGAAGGCCCAAAAGCAACACUGUCUUUCCUGCGUGCUCAGCUGCGCAAAGCGGAGAAGUGUAAGCUGAUGAAGAUGAUCCUUGUGGGCCCCCCACGCCAGGGCAAGUCCACACUCCUGGAGAUCUUACAGACGGGGAAGGCCCCGCAGCUAGCACACAGCGAGGCCACCAUCAGGACCACCAAGUGGGAGCUCCAGAGACCAGCAGGCUCCAAAGCCAAGGUUGAGUCCGUGGAGUUCAACGUCUGGGACAUCGGGGGCCCUGCCAGCAUGGCCACGGUCAAUCAGUGCUUCUUCACAGACAAGGCCCUGUAUGUGGUGGUCUGGAACCUGGCACUGGGGGAGGAAGCCGUGGCCAACCUCCAGUUCUGGCUGCUCAAUAUCGAGGCCAAGGCCCCAAAUGCCGUUGUGCUGGUGGUUGGGACACACCUGGACUUAAUCGAAGCUAAAUUCCGAGUGGAGAGGAUCGCAACACUACGUGCCUAUGUCCUGGCGCUCUGCCGAUCACCGUCAGGAUCCAGAGCUACAGGCUUCCCGGACAUCACUUUCAAACACUUGCAUGAGAUCUCCUGCAAGAAUCUGGAAGGGCAGGAGGGGCUGCGGCAACUCAUCUUCCAUGUCACAUGCAACAUGAAGGACGUGGGCAGCACUAUUGGCUGUCAAAAACUUGCUGGCAGGCUGAUCCCCAGGAGCUACAUAAGCCUACAGGAGGCCGUGCUGGCUGAGCAACAGCGCCGCAGUCUGGGCGAUCAAGUACAGUAUCUGACGGACAGGCAGCUGGAGCAGCUGGUGGAGCAGACACCUGGCAACGACAUCAAAGAUUAUGAGGACCUGCAGUCUGCCAUCAGCUUCCUCAUAGAAACUGGAACCCUGCUGCACUUUCCAGACACGAGCCAUGGCCUAAGGAACCUGUACUUCCUGGAUCCCAUCUGGCUCUCUGAGUGCCUGCAGAGGAUCUUUAACAUCAAGGGCUCACGGUCGGUGGCGAAGAACGGGGUGAUCCGAGCAGAGGACCUCAGGAUGCUGCUGGUGGGGACAGGCUUCACACGGCAGACUGAGGAGCAAUACUUCCAGUUCCUCGCCAAGUUCGAGAUUGCCCUCCCUGUCGCCAAUGACAGCUACCUCCUACCACACCUCCUUCCAUCCAAACCUGGGCUGGACACCCACAGCAUGCGGCACCCAAUGGCUAACACCAUCCAGCGGGUCUUUAAGAUGAGUUUCGUGCCUGUUGGCUUCUGGCAAAGGUUCAUAGCACGGAUGCUGAUCAGCUUGGCGGAGAUGGACCUGCAGCUUUUUGAGAACAAGAAGAAUACGAAAAGCAGAAACCGGAAAGUCACCAUUUACAGUUUUACAGGGAACCAGAGAAACCGCUGCAGCACAUUCAGAGUCCGAAGAAAUCAGACCAUCUACUGGCAGGAGGGGCUGCUGGUCACUUUCGAUGGGGGCUACCUCAGUGUGGAAUCCUCAGAUGUGAACUGGAAAAAGAAAAAGAGCGGAGGAAUUAAAAUCAUCUGCCAGUCAGAAAUGAGGGACUUCUCAGCAAUGGCUUUUAUCACAGACCAUGUCAACUCCCUGAUCGACCAGUGGUUCCCUGCCCUGACAGCCACAGAAAGUGACGGGACUCCGCUUAUGGAGCAGUAUGUACCCUGCCCUGUCUGUGAAGCAUCCUGGGCCCAGCAUGCAGAUCCAAAGGAGAGGUCAGAGAGCGUGCAGUACUUCGAAAUGGAAGACUGUGUGCUCACAGCCAUCGAACGGGACUUCAUCUCCUGCCCCAGGCACCCAGAUCUCCCAGUGCCACUUCAAGAGCUUGUACCAGAGUUGUUCAUGACCGAUUUCCCAGCCAGGCUCUUCCUGGAGAACAGCAAGCUGGAGCACACAGAGGGUGAGGACAGCAUCCUGGGCCAAGGUGGCAGUGGCACAGUCAUCUACCAGGCCCGGUACCAGGGCCAGCCUGUGGCUGUAAAGAGAUUCCAUAUCAAGAAGUUCAAGAAUUCUGCUAAUGCCCCAGCAGACACCAUGCUGAGGCAUCUGAGAGCCAUGGAUGCCAUGAAGAAUUUCUCAGACUUCCGUCAGGAGGCCAGCAUGUUGCACGCCUUGCAGCACCCCUGCAUCGUGUCGCUCAUUGGCAUCAGUAUCCACCCUCUCUGCUUCGCCCUGGAGCUCGCCCCGCUGGGCAGCCUCAAUACCGUGCUGUCUGAGAAUGCCAAAGAUUCUUCCUUUAUGCCCCUGGGACACAUGCUCACCCAAAAAAUAGCCUACCAGAUUGCCUCGGGCCUGGCCUAUCUGCACAAGAAAAACAUCAUCUUCUGUGACCUCAAGUCAGACAACAUCCUGGUGUGGUCGCUGAGCGUCAGGGAACACAUCAACAUCAAGCUGUCGGACUACGGCAUCUCUAGGCAGUCCUUCCACGAGGGGGCCCUGGGUGUGGAGGGCACCCCAGGCUACCAGGCUCCAGAGAUCAGGCCUCGCAUCGUGUAUGAUGAGAAGGUAGAUAUGUUCUCCUAUGGCAUGGUGCUGUACGAGCUGCUGUCAGGACAGCGUCCUGCACUGGGCCACCACCAACUUCAGAUUGUCAAGAAGUUGUCCAAGGGCAUCCGCCCAGUUCUGGGGCAGCCAGAGGAAGUGCAGUUCCAUCGACUCCAGGCACUCAUGAUGGAGUGCUGGGACACAAAGCCAGAGAAGCGCCCCCUGGCCCUGUCUGUGGUGAGCCAGAUGAAAGACCCAACCUUUGCCACCUUCAUGUACAUGCUGCACUGUGGGAGGCAGUCGGCCUUCUUCUCAUCCCAGAGCCAGGAGUACACUGUGGUAUUCUGGGAUGGAAAGGAAGAGUCCAGGAAUUACACAGUGGUCAACACAGAGAAGGGCCUUCUGGAAGUACAGAGGAUGACCUGUCCUGGGAUGAAGCUGAGCUGUCAGCUCAAGGUCCAGAGCUCAGUGUGGAUAGCCACCGAGGACCAGAAAAUCUAUAUCUAUAGCCUUAAGGGUAUGUGCCCAUUAAGCAUGCCCCAGCAGGCCCUGGACACCCCGGCUGUUGUCACCUGUUUCUUGGCAGUACCUGUUAUUAAAAAGAACUCCUUUCUGGUGCUGGCAGGCCUGGCUGAUGGACUCGUGGCUGUGUUUCCUGCGGCACGGGGUACCCCAAAAGAAAGCUGUUCCUACCUGUGCUCACACACAGCCAAUAGGUCCAAGUUCUGCAUCCCAGACGAAGACUCACGGCAGAACCCCUACCCAGUGAAGGCGAUGGAAGUGGUCAACAGUGGGACUGAGGUCUGGUACAGCAAUGGGCCCGGCCUCCUCGUCAUUGACUGCACCAUCCUGGACAUCAGCAGGCGGCUGGAGCCCUAUGCAGCUCCAUCUAUGGUCACAUCACUCGUGUGCAGCUCAGACUGCAGAGGAGAGGAGAUGGUCUGGUGCCUCGACGACAAGGCCAAUUCCUUAGUGAUGUACCACUCAGCCACCUACCAGCUAUGUGCCCGGUACUUCUGUGGGGACCCCAAUCCUCUCAGGGACACAUUUUCUGUGCAGCCCUCAGUCCCAGAAACCCCAGGCAGUCACAUAACCACCACAAAGGAGCCUGAGGAAGAGUGUAUCGCAGAUGUGAGCAUCAUGUACAGUGAGGAGCUGGGCAUGCAGAUCCUCACCCACCAGGACUCGCUCACUGACUACUGUUCCAUGUCCUCGUAUUCUUCGUCCCCACCCCACCAAGAUCCCAGGUCCCCUUCCAGUCUGCCCAGCUCUCUCACCAGCUAUUCCAGUGUGCCUUUCUCUGCCAAUUAUGAAGACCCAGACAGGCUGCAGGAGCCCAUGGUCACCUCUGACAGAACUGAGCAUGACCUGAGUCCCAUGGAUGGGGAGACGUUCAGCCAACACCUGCAGGCUGUGAAGGUGCUUGCUGUCAAAGACCUCAUUUGGGUCCCUAGACAUGGCGGAGACAUCAUCGUCAUUGGCCUGGAGAAGGAUUCAGGUGCCCAGCGGGGCAGAGUCAUUGCUGUUUUAAAAGCCCGAGAGCUCAAUCCGCAUGGGGUCCUGGUGGAUGCCGCAGUGGUGGCAAAGGACACCGUAGUGUGCGGCUUUGCAAACGAAAACACAGAGUGGUGCCUGGCUGUCUGGAGGGGCUGGGGCGCCAGGGAGUUUGACAUCUUCUAUCAGUCCUAUGAGGAGCUGGGCCGGCUGGAGGCAUGUACUCGCAAGAGAAGGUAAUGCCUACGGAAGGGCCUCCAUGUGGAGCCAGCAGGUCCGAGCCGCUGCCUGACCCCUCAGCUACAGCCCUCCUAAGGCACAGAAGACAAACGGGUUCUUUGCUAAGCCUUCUGCUAAGAAGGGCUGAGAAGCUAGAAGCUACUGGUAGUUUGGGAGUUCUCAGGUUCUGUAGGGAAAGUUACCAGCCCAUGGGAAGCCACAGGGUCUGGUUGAGAGAGGCCUCCUUUUGCCUCUUCCAUAGGCUUCCAGGAGCCGGAGAGAGUGACCCCAUUCCAAGCCUUCCCGGCAUAAUGAAUGGGCCUGUCCAUUUUUUUGUCGCCAGGCCUCAGAUGGAAUUACACUACAGAGUCUUGGUUGAGGAGCAGUUCGGGGUAAGGUGGGAGGAGGGCUGUGACCCCUGGCCCUCCUUCCCCAAAGACCCGGGUCUUUCAGCCUGUUUCACAAGGCUCUGAAUCCCUGGAGUGUGGGGCCCAGCUUGGUCGAGCUGAGAUCGAAUCUCCUGCUUGGCAAAGGCUGCAUAUGGGAAACCCCAGAAGGACCCUGGGCAGGCAGCAUUGCCCAACACUGGGGAUGAAUGGGUUCCUUCAAGAGUCACAGCCGGAAAGCCCAGUGCGAGGGCCCCUGCUCCCCCUUUACAUUCUUCUCCCCCGACAAAAGGAAGGAGAAACCCAAUCAUCGGGCCUGGAGAAAGGGCCUGUGUUUAUGACUUGGUAAAAUAAACUUGGACACAGCUGGAGCACAAGCCCUGUUUGUUUACACGUCAUAAUCUUGUUUAUCACUUUAACAAAUUAAGUAAUAUCUCAGCGGUUAGGCCUGGUUGUGAAAUCCCAUCGUAUGGGACUUAUACUGAAUUAUGUAUUUGCCAAACAUUUACUGCCCACGUGGACAGCAGAUGAAGAAAAGCCAAGUUGUUAACAGGGUGUACGGGCACAACAGGGAACAUUUUAUAAAGCCUGUGCACACGUGUGCACACACCCACAUCUCUGCCAAGCAUCACCCUUGGUGGAUGCCUAACCUAGAACUCACAUUUGAAUAUGAGACUGUACUUGGCUGGCGUCAUUGAACCUUUUCUAGAAUUAAAUUAUAAAAAGCAAACGUGAGAUGUGCUGGGGAGCGCAAGCCGGUUGAGACUCGUGUUAUCUGAAAAUAAACAGACUUAAACG